AUGGAGCUACGGAUUCGCGAGACAGAAAGCCCGGCACCGCAAACGCCCAUCCCGCCGCUGCUCAACCUCCCUUCGGAACUACUCCAUCAUGUGCUCAGCUACCUCACCCUAUCAGACCUCCUCACCGUGGGCAUGGCCAGCAAAGUCCUGCGCACCCACACAUUCCAAGAUACUCUCUGGCAGGCCUUUGUAGAAGCAGAGGUCCCCAACAUCACAAAACCAGCGCGCCUCACCUGGCGAGACCUAUACCAAGAACACCACCCAUACUGGUUCAUCGCGCGGCGCAAGAUCUGGUUUGCCGACACAGCCCACACAGGCAAACUGCUCAUCGCGCGCUACGACCACCGACUCAACGCAAUCGAAGCCUACGCCCUCGUUGCGGAACGACGAUCGCCCGUAGCUCUAUCCUGGGACCAACACCCCGAAGCCAUCAUCCACACCUUCAGCCCCAACGUGCGCCUCGACCUCAACGCGCCCAUCGUGCGCCUAAAUCGCGACGCCUACGAAGAAGCCAUCGGGAAUAUUGGUUACCGCCUCCAGAAAGAAGUCCGCAUGUCCCUCUACCGCGACCGCCAACAACAAGCCGCAUCCCUCUUCUCCCAACUCAUGCUCACCCGCCCCUGGCCCACGGCCAUAACAACAGACGCCACGCCCGUCUGGCCGCCCCUCACCCUCCCCAGCGCACACCGCACGCGCAACGACCACUCCCCAUCUGGCUACCGGCAACCAGGCCAGAAACCCGCGACCCUCUCCCAACUCUCUGAAUCCACGUUCCGGAUCCGGCGCUGGAUGGAGUUCUCAACCCGCGUCCUCGGCAUGGGCAUGCGCAUCGGCGAGGACGUAACGACGUGGGCGACCCUGCCUGAGGAGUGCUACACGCCCACGCCCCAGAAACCAUGGCAAGGGAUCUGGUGCGGCGACUACGCGGGCCACGGCUGCGAGUUCCUGGCUAUCAUGCAACCGGAUGAGCGGGAUGCGAAGCCGCUUCCUGAACGUGCGCUGUGGGCUAUGCGGGCGAGGGAGAGGGAGGAGAGUGUGAGUAGUGGGGGGAGUUGGACGACGGCGCCGACGGAUGCGGCGUCUUCUUCUGCUUCUGAGGAGGAAUCUGUUGAUGGGGGUGUUGAAAUUGGUGUUGGAAUGGAGAACGCAGAUGAUCUCGAAGAUAGCGUCGCCACUUUACAGUCUGCUUACCACAAUUACAUCUCCGCCUCAGGGGAAACAUCAAACGACAGUAAACACAGGUCGGAGGAAGACGAGAGUGUGUACCGCGGCCGCAUCGAAGCCGUCAAGCUCACCGGCGACCCAAACAUUCCCCGCGGCGAAUAUACGUUCAUAGCACCGGAUAUUGGUCCGAAUGGCUUGAUCCGCGUUGCGAAGGAGGAGAUUUUCAAGGGCGCGCGCAUUGUGAGGAGUGUGGGGCAUAUUGCUGCGACGGGGUUUAGAGAUGCCAGCUUAUCCUCAUCAGCCAUGAUCGCCUAG